AUGACGGCUUAUAAGUCCGCGUUCCCACAUUUUGUGGACGGUGACGUCCUCAUCAUCAUCUCGUCCACACAGCACUAUAAACUGCACUCUCAAGUCCUCGCGGCCCACUCCACUUACUUUGCCGACCACUUUGCCUCCAGGCCUGGGCCCCGCCUCAACGCGCAGGCUCGCCGCGAGAACCUUCCUGCCUACCACUUCGAGUUCAAGCACGCUGCUGAUGGCUCAUUCGGCGAAUUCGUCCGCGCGGACAUCAAUGAGUCUGGACGUAUCGUCACCCCCACACACACCCCUCUCACGCUCGACCUGGACAAUGGCAAGCCAACCGACAAUACUAAUCGUGCCUGGGAUUGGCUGUUUGGGGUUUUCUACAACCGCGAGCCGAUCUUUGAUGACACGUCCCUUGCUACCGUGCUCUCCUGCGUCAUCGCUCUCAUCGAAUGCGCCGAAGCCAUCAACUCGAUCGAACAUGUCUGCGACGUGGUUGAUCUCGCUCUCAUGCGCCAGGAUAGCGUCCUGUGGACUUCGAUCCUUGGCAACCCUCAUGUCUGGAUCGAGCUCGGCCGCCGCGUUCGCUCUCCAGCCAUCUACAGCGAAGCAGUGAUCCACCUGGUCGGCCAAUGGGGCACUAUUCCUGAUGAAGAGAAGAGCCGCCUGAACGCUGACAUCCGCGAGAUUGUUGACCGCAAAGCGAACGAGCUGUCCGUCCUCAAGGAAGCCAUUGAGCUCCGCAUCCUUGGCCACUAUCCCGAGUUCAUGCGCCGCUCUGCAGCCAACAAGCCCGGUCGUCCGACCUACGGCAACGACAUCUACAUGUGGAUGGCUGUCUGCUUCUUCCGUCAAUGGUUCGCGCAAAGCAUCUCGGACGAUCGUACGCGUCGUGCUCCCGAUGGGGGCCUGAGCUUCUACACCGCGCUGUCUGAAGGCGGCGAAGCCUACCUUUCCCAUCCAGACUUUCAGGAGUUCCACAAGUACUUCCCCAUGAGCAUGAAGGCGUGCCAAUUACUCGAGGCCAACAUGGGCGUCCUGAAGGAAGAUGUCAAGCGCUUUGUCGACAAGCUCAUGGUCGAGCGCACCCAUCUCAAGCGUGACGAACAUAUGGACAUCGCCUGGCUGACAUGCGCCACCGUCGAGAAGGGGGACUUCCCAUGGCACAGCCUGAAAACCCCCAAGAAAUCUAUCGGCAGCCUGCCCAACUACGACGACAUGUCUGACGAGGCGACCAUGGACGAAGACGCUAUGGCUCAAGCUCUCGCCGAGGCCAGUGCAGCACAUAGUCUGUCGUAUCUUAAGGCUAAGCGCGGCAGCUCACCUCGUGGCAAGAAGCGACCCCGGGUCAGUGAAACAAGUACCGCCGGAGAGUCGAACCUCUACGAAGAGUCCAUUGGCACCAACACUAUGUUCGUCAGUGAGGAUGGCGAGAUGGAGGAGUGA